UGUUAGUCAGCAGAGGCAGCAGCACACCACAUUUCCUUGCGGCUUUUAGUGGAAAAUGUUAAAAGCGCCCUCAUUUUUGAGUUCUAGAAUGUGUCGGUUUGAACUGGAUUAGUCACAGGGUUGGCACCGAGGGGUCUGAUUGAGAAGGCUGUCCAGCGCGCUGUUUUUUCUCCUGCUGGAGGAAGUCCCAUCCUGAGCGUGGCUCAGCUCUGCCAUCAUUGGUGCAAGCUAUAUUUAAUGGAGAUCCUGAUGAAGUCCGUGCACUAAUAUUUAAAAAAGAAGAUGUUAACUUUCAGGACAAUGAGAAGAGAACACCGUUGCACGCUGCUGCCUAUCUCGGAGAUGCGGAAAUCAUUGAACUGCUUAUUUUAUCUGGAGCUAGAGUUAAUGCCAAAGACAGCAAAUGGUUGACACCUUUACACAGAGCAGUUGCGUCUUGUAGUGAGGAAGCAGUUCAGAUACUUUUGAAGCAUUCGGCAGAUGUUAAUGCCCGAGACAAAAAUUGGCAAACCCCUUUGCACAUUGCUGCUGCCAAUAAAGCCGUCAAGUGCGCUGAAGCUUUGGUCCCUCUUCUGAGUAACGUCAACGUGUCUGACCGUGCGGGGAGAACUGCGUUACACCAUGCGGCUUUCAGCGGGCACGGCGAGAUGGUCCAGUUACUCUUGUCUAGAGGUGCCAAUAUUAAUGCUUUUGACAAGAAAGAUAGACGUGCUAUCCACUGGGCAGCUUACAUGGGUCACAUUGAAGUAGUGAAGUUACUCGUGGCGCAUGGAGCUGAAGUGGCAUGCAAGGACAAGAAGUCUUACACCCCCCUGCACGCGGCAGCCUCAAGCGGAAUGAUCAGCGUGGUCAAGUACCUUCUCGACCUGGGAGUCGAUAUGAAUGAACCCAAUGCCUAUGGAAACACACCACUCCACGUGGCCUGCUACAACGGGCAGGACGUGGUGGUGAACGAGCUCAUAGACUCUGGUGCGAAUGUCAAUCAGAAGAACGAGAAAGGAUUUACUCCUUUGCACUUUGCUGCUGCUUCAACACAUGGAGCUUUGUGUUUAGAGCUGCUGGUUGGUAAUGGGGCCGAUGUCAAUACGAAGAGCAAAGAUGGGAAAACCCCACUGCAUAUGACCGCCCUCCACGGUAGAUUCUCCAGAUCACAAACCAUCAUCCAGAGUGGAGCUGUAAUCGACUGUGAGGAUAAGAAUGGAAACACCCCUCUGCACAUAGCCGCUCGGUACGGCCAUGAGCUGCUCAUCAACACUCUCAUUACAAGUGGUGCUGACACUGCAAAGCGGGGUGUGCACGGGAUGUUCCCCCUCCAUCUCGCAGCCCUGAGUGGGUUUUCAGAUUGCUGCAGAAAACUUCUCUCUUCAGGAUUUGACGUAGAUUCCCCAGAUGACUUUGGCAGGACCUGUCUACACGCAGCGGCAGCUGGAGGAAAUUUGGAGUGCCUAAACCUUCUGCUGAAUACUGGUGCAGACUUCAACAAAAAGGACAAAUUUGGGAGAUCCCCACUGCACUACGCCGCUGCCAACUGCAAUUACCAGUGCCUGUUUGCGCUUGUGGGGUCCGGGGCAAGUGUGAACGACCUCGAUGAACGAGGCUGCACCCCUCUGCACUACGCAGCUACGUCAGACACAGACGGCAAGUGCCUGGAAUACUUACUAAGAAAUGAUGCAAAUCCAGGGAUCCGAGACAAGCAAGGAUACAACGCAGUUCACUAUUCUGCUGCCUAUGGUCACCGCCUGUGUCUUCAGCUGAUUGCAAGUGAAACUCCUUUAGAUGUUUUAAUGGAGACGUCGGGGACAGACAUGCUGAAUGACUCAGACAACCGAGCGACAAUAAGCCCUUUGCACUUGGCUGCUUACCACGGUCACCAUCAAGCACUGGAAGUGUUGGUGCAGUCCCUGUUAGAUCUCGACGUGCGAAACAACAGUGGGAGAACACCAUUGGAUCUGGCUGCAUUCAAGGGCCACGUUGAAUGUGUGGAUGUCCUCAUUAACCAGGGAGCCUCAAUCUUAGUGAAAGAUUACAUUUUAAAGAGAACACCCAUCCAUGCUGCAGCAACCAAUGGCCAUUCAGAAUGUUUACGGCUCUUAGUAGGAAAUGCAGAGCCACAGAAUGCAGUAGACAUUCAAGAUGGAAAUGGACAGACUCCUCUGAUGCUGUCUGUUCUCAAUGGGCACACAGACUGUGUUUACUCCCUGCUCAACAAAGGAGCCAACGUAGAUGCCAAAGAUAAGUGGGGGAGGACAGCGCUGCAUCGAGGGGCAGUUACUGGCCACGAGGAGUGUGUGGAUGCGUUGCUUCAGCACGGUGCUAAGUGUUUACUUCGAGACAGCAGAGGCCGAACGCCGAUCCACUUGUCAGCCGCCUGUGGACACAUUGGAGUUCUCGGAGCGCUCCUGCAGUCGGCGGCAGCCAUGGAUGCAGACCCGGCCACAGCGGACAGUCAUGGCUACACAGCGCUGCACUGGGCGUGCUACAACGGUCAUGAGACGUGUGUGGAACUUCUGCUGGAGCAGGAAGUCUUUCAGAAGAUGGAAGGAAACGCUUUCAAUGCGUUACAUUGUGCUGUGAUAAAUGACAACGAGGGUGCUGCUGAGAUGUUGAUAGAUACGUUAGGUGCCAGCAUUGUCAACACCACAGACGCGAAAGGAAGGACCCCUCUGCACGCAGCCGCCUUCACAGACCACGUGGAAUGUUUACAACUGCUGCUCAGCCAUAACGCUCAGGUCAACUCUGCCGACUCCUCUGGGAAGACGCCCUUGAUGAUGGCUGCAGAGAACGGACAGACAAACACCGUUGAGAUGCUGGUGAGCAGCGCGAGUGCAGAUCUGACUCUACAGGACAGCAGUAAGAACACCGCCCUCCACUUAGCUUGCAGCAAGGGUCACGAAACUAGUGCCUUGUUAAUACUGGAGAAGAUAACAGACCGGAACCUCAUCAAUGCCGCCAACGCCGCCUUGCAAACCCCUCUGCAUGUCGCCGCCCGUAAUGGGCUGACCACGGUGGUGCAGGAGCUUCUGGGGAAAGGAGCGAGUGUGCUGGCCGUCGAUGAGAAUGGCUACACCCCAGCCUUGGCCUGUGCUCCCAACAAGGACGUGGCCGACUGUCUGGCCCUCAUUUUGGCCACCAUGAUGCCUGUCUCAUCCAGCAGCCCCUUAUCGUCCCUGACAUUCAACUCCAUUAACCGCUACACCAACACCUCAAAGACAGUCAGCUUCGAAGCGCUGCCCCUCGUGAGGAGCGAGCCGAGUUCCUGUUGCACUUUCAACAACAUUGGUGGCGAGCAGGACUACCUGUACACGGACGUGGACGAGCUCAACGACUCGGACUCCGAGACCUACUGAGGCCGCGGCGGCUGACGACGUGCAGACCGCGCGCUCACAGGAGCUCCAGACUGCGCUGUCUCUGCGAACGGGGCGCUUUGUCAUUCACAGAUUCUCCCCACGGCAGGAUCGCAGCGUGAACAAAUGUAGGAGACGUAAGGACAUUAGGAAGGAAGAGGAAUUGUAAAGGCACGUU